AUGGACGUGGCCUCCCCGAUGAUUCAGCGUGGCGUGACGGAAUCACAACCGUAUGAGCUGCAGAACGCGUUGUGGGCGUGGGCCCGGCUUCAGCUGCGGGGGGAGCCGCUCUUUGCCGCAACUGGCGGCCAGGUCGCCGCACGAACGUCCGAGUCUCCCGCACCGAACCUGGCUGGCACCGCCUGGGCGGCGGCGGCUUUGAAGAUUGACGGCGCACCGCUCCCGAACGCCAUGUCCACCGCCGCACAUAUCAAGAGGUUCGACGCACGAAGUCUGGCCAGUUUGGCGCAGACGCCUGCAGAGAGUCAAGCAAAGGACUUGGCGCUCUUCAAGGUCUUCAGCGGUGAAGCGAUGCUUCGAGCGCCUCAACUCAACUGCCAGGACCCAGCAAACAUCACGCGGGCUCCCGCCAUCAUGAGGCUGAGGGAGGAGGCUUCGCCAGGGGUGACUUCGCACCACGCGCUGGCCAAGGUUCAGGGCUUCAAGCCGCCGGAACUUGCAUCGAUGGCACGGGCGCUCAGAAAACUAGAUGUAGUUGGCGUGCCGCUGACGGAAGCAGCUGCAGCUUGUGCGCUGCCAUUGAUGUCCAGCCCCAACGACCAGGCAGCUGCCAACACAGUUCGGGCCUUUGUGACGGCCAGCUCACGCCGCGCUUGUCCGCUGGGUGCUGUUGCCACUGCAGUGGAACACCGGGUAGCGGCAUCAGAUUCGCAGAACCUAUCAAUGAUUGCAUGA